GUUCAUCCUCUCUAACUCUUACAGGUCCGCCUUGCGCUGACGAAUUAAACACGCCAAGCUGGUCUCGACCAGCACCCCGCCCCCUACCCUUACCACGACGGUAUACUUCCACAGCUACCGCAACGUUCGCGUGUAGCGAUUCUACAAAGCCCUACUCCGACGAUAAUAGAACCGAUACCGAGCUUCAGCCUUCCACAGCAUCAACAGUGCUGACGUUCCCUCUGCGCAACACCACCCAGUAUUCUCUUGUCCCUAACACAAGCUGGCGAGCAACAAGCGUCGCAGUCUCUCCUCGACUGGAGGAAGUCUGCUGAAUAGAAUGUUUGGCGGCAGUUCCAACAACUCAGCGGGCAACAAAUCCGAGAGCGAUUCAAAAUCCGAUAAAUCCCCUUCUCCCGAACCUGGCCCAGGCCCCAGCGCUCCGGCUCCAAUUAAGACAACUGAUCAGGCUGCAAGCGGUGAAAAGCGCAGUGGAAAUGGCAGCCCUCCCACUCGACAGGAUACCGGUGGAUCGACCGACAAGAAACGCAGAAGUAGCAGCGUCAGUAGUCGGGCUAGCAGUCUUCUUGCGUCCGCCAAAAACUCGCUCAACUUCUCCCAGAGCAGUCGCAGUGGGGGCUCUGAAGUGAGCUCCCAGACACCUCUCCAGAAGCUUGGCAAACAGGAUCCCGCUCUUGCAGUACCCCAGGGUCAACAUAAUAACUCUGCUGGAGAAUCCAUGCCGGGUCCCAAGUCUACGUUUCGCGUUGGUGUUUGGGAAGAUAGGAACAAGAAAUGCCGUCGCACUAUGGAAGACACUCAUGCCUUUCUCUAUAAUUUUGUGCAGACUCCAGCCUUAAAUGAUGUGUCUUUAAAGGAUAAGCCUGAAGGUGAGGAUCGGGAAUCAGUUUCCUCCGACAUGGUUGAGUCAGACAAUGGUUAUUUUGCUAUCUUCGACGGACAUGCUGGUACAUUUGCAGCCGACUGGUGUGGGAAAAAGCUGCACCUCAUUCUUGAGGACAUCAUACGCAAGAACCCCAACGCUCUGAUUCCUGAAGUCUUAGACCAGGCCUUCACGGCCGCUGAUGCACAGUUGGAAAAGCUGCCGCUAAAGAACAGUGGUUGCACUGCAGCUGUUGCAGUCUUACGCUGGGAGGAUCGAGCGUCGAAUGAUCGAUCAGCCAUCAAGUCCGCUAGGCCGGAAGAGCCUGUUGAAAUGGAUAAAGCAAAAGAUGGAGCUUCGAAUGACGAGGCAACCAAAGCUACAAAUUCAAAAGGAAAGGGUAGCGGACGACAGAGGGUACUGUAUACCGCAAAUGUUGGUGAUGCCCGCAUCAUUCUUUGCCGAGGUGGAAAGGCCCUGAGACUUUCUUACGACCACAAGGGCAGUGACGAAGUCGAGGGUAAAAGAAUCGCCGCCGCCGGAGGCCUGAUUCUCAAUAACCGCGUCAACGGCGUUCUGGCUGUAACCCGGGCUCUUGGUGAUGCCUACAUGAAGAAGCUUGUCACGGGUCACCCCUAUACCACCGAGACGGUCAUUCAGGCUGAUAGUGACGAGUUCAUUAUCAUUGCUUGUGACGGAAUUUGGGACGUAUGUAGUGACCAGGAAGCGGUUGAUCUCGUGCGCAAUGUUGAGGAUCCCAUAUCGGCCUCGAAGCAGCUUGUUGACUAUGCACUAAACCGCUUCAGCACUGACAACCUGUCUUGCAUGGUCGUCCGACUGGACCAGAACAAGGAGGCUGCAGUCGAGGUGGAAGGUGCAGCGUCCCAGGUCAGUGAGGCAGACAAGAUUGUCAGCGAGACUAAACAAAAGAUUGCAGACGGUAGCACGCCCGCCGUCGGUGUAUCAGCGACUAGCAACGCGCCCCAAUCCGAACCCCCUAUAGCUGUUCAAGAAGGGAAUUUUGUGCCAACUUCACUGGAUGAAGUGGUUACAGAGGAGCCUCCUCAUGUUGCAGAUCCAAAAUCGGAUGAGGUCCCUAUAUUGAAUAAGGCGGCUGUUGAAGAGGCCCGCAAGGAUAAGCCAGCCGCAGACAAGCCGGCGGAAGAGAAGCCCGCUGGGCAGGCAUAGUUCAAAUACACUGGGUAGACAUGAGGCACUAUGGACACACCCCAGACUACUUAUUUGGUCUCAGAGCAAGAGCUUCAUCAUUCAGUGAGAACGGGAUACGGAUCUAGCGGGUUGUUCGUCUCUCCACCUGGACCAUUCCCCAUCUCCUUGGAUCAAGGCUUGUAAAGUGCGGUGAUAUGAUGUGCAUGCAAGGUGCUGUGAUGGGAUUCAUGUCUUGAGUGGGUUUACACAGAGCUGAAAGGAGCUUGAUCAGCCUUGAGUUGUUUCUAUAGGUUAGCUGAGGAGCGCCCUCGUACAUGCGAAAGGAGGGGUGACACUGCUGAUGCAGUACAAUGGUGUAUUGAUAAUAACAUGAUUACGACUUGGAACAAGA